AGCUAAGUUCGAGAAAGAUGGAGAAGCAUGUAGGUACUAUUUUUAAAAAAACAAAGUUUUAUAUAUAUGUAUAUAUAUAUAUAUAUGUAUGUAUGUAUAUGUAUAUGUGUGUCUUAUUUUACUGUUCAAACUGUAAAAUAGGAACCAUCUAAUGGGGAGAGGGCCUCAAAUAUCAAGAGACACUCCUCUAUCAAACAAUUACAAUGCAAACUAUAAAACACUUUUUUGUAUAUAUAUAUAUAUAUAUAUAUAAUUGAGGAAAAUCAUGACAUCUUAAUAAUUAAAAUGUCAAAAAUGAUAACAAAAAUACUAAAAUACCUUUAAUCAAUCAAUACAUAAAAAAUAUUCAUUAAGGGUGUUACCUAUGCUCUUAGUUUUACCCACAGGUGGAAGGUUCAAUCUCUAGUCUCUACAUAUCAAAAUAUUCAUAUUUAAACAAAUUAACUGAAAGUUCUAGCAUAUUUAAAGUGUUAGAACAUCUUGAUUUUUACUUUUAUAUAAAUAAAAGAUGGCUGUAAGAAAUGAUCAGAAAGCUAUAGUUGCAAUUGAAGAAUUAGGUUUCUGCACAUGAAAAUCAGUUAUGGGACAGAUGAGAACUGGUCAGGUCUCAUCUUGCCCUUAUUUAAUUGAAGCUAGAUCAACCAUGUAUUUGGGAAAAUGCUUUAUUGUUUCUAGUGUACAACAUACAUAUCCGUGUAGAAAUUGAAACUAGGAAUAUAUGGAUACAGAUCCCUUCUUCUUGAAGCGCAUAUGCAUGCAUUCAGAACUGAUCUUACAAAACAUCUUAGUCUAAACAAAGACAAGACAGCAUGUUUGCCACCAACUACUCUUUACCAUUUCUUAGGGAAACAAGGAUAAUAUAUCAACCCUAAUCUAUUUCCUUUUUCACAAUUCAAAAUAUGAAAAAUAUAGGACUCCAUCUCUAGGUUAUUACCUCACCCUUUUUUAAAAAAAAAAAUUUGGUUGUAAACUUUUCCAUAUCUUUUAUAUGGUCCACCCUCCACCCUAAUUUAGAGUAAGAUCCAUAUCCAUGUAGAAAUUGAAACUAGGAAUAUAUGGAUUCUGAUCCUUCUUUUUGAAGCGGAAAUGCCUUCAGAUCUGAUCUUACCAAACAUCGUAGUCCAAACAAGAUAAGACAACAUGUUUGCCACCAAACUAGUCUUUACCAUUUCUAAAGGGAAAAAGGGGUAAUAAAUCAAACCCUAAUUCGUUCCCUUUACUCAAUUCAAACUUUCAAAAGAUCAAAAAUAGGACUCCAACUCUAGGUUAUUACCUUAUCUUGAUUUAUUUUUUUUUUUUUCAAUUUUCGUGUAAAAUAAAAGUUAACCCUUUUU